AAUUUGACAAUCAAAAUACCUGACUAAAAUAACUAAACCAUAAAUCUUAUGUUAACGGAGGGACAGUACGACCAGUCUGACUCCUCACACGAUGGAGUUGGGCCAAUGAGGAGUGGACAACGCAGCGCCUAGAGUUGGCCGGCCAGUAAGGGCAGAACCUGAGAAGGAACGAGGGGGAAGGGAGGAGGGCUGACCAAAAGCCAGUAAAACAAAGUUCCUUGCCGACAGUCACGGGUAUUCACCUUCGAAUGCCCCCUCUCUGUAAAGAGAGCUUUCCUACCAUUCUUCCUUUCUGAGCUUACACUCUGAUAAACUUCUGCCUGCUGCUCGUUCCGUGCCCACCUCUUCGUUCUUCGAAGCGGCGAGACAACGAACUCGCUGGGUAUUGAGGACCAGUGUGGAAGGGUCCACACAUGGUCAUCUUCGCAAAUCCUACUGCUGUCAAAGUACUGGAAUUUGACUCCUUGACUCAUCGCUCCUGAGUUAAGCCGUGGUUUCCAUCAGAACAGGACAACACGGAGCCUGAGUUAAGUUGUGAAACAGGAGAAGGCCUUAAAUUGAUAUUCAAGAAAAGGACAGCACAGAAUGAAGAUAAGUAACACAAUAUACUGGGAUAUAAUAAUAAUAUGCCUAUGGGGUUCAGAAACACUUCCUGUAUGUAUUCCACCAACCCCACCACUAUUAGGGGUGAAUGAUAGGAUCCCUUUGGUUGAGGCAGCUAACCUAACUUUUAUAGAGGGAGACCGUGUUUUAAAAUAUGACCUGGAAUAUGGCAAUUUUACAAUUUGGCAUUGGGAUAAUAGCCAUAUCCUUAACUUACCUAAGGGCAAACCUUUUACGGGUUACUUAUUUGUAAAAUUAGAACAAAGUCAUAAAUAUUGGGCUGAAAUUUUGCCCAGCAAUGAAACUGGAAGGGAAUUAUAUAACUCAACUAAAAAGAUACAUUGUAUUGCCAUAGAUAUAGAUGAUCGAAAAAUUAAAAAGGUCCCAGGUUAUGAAGACCAAGAUGUUGCGGCUGGAUGUGUGAUGUGCCAUAGUAUUGCUUGUCCACAUAGUCUCCUGCCCUGUCAGUGCGGCUGGAAGGCUAAUCACGCAUUAUUCUUAAAGGUCCAAUGGUGGACCCAAGUGCCUCCGGGAAACAUCACGGUUAGACCCGGAAGGCUUUGGGAACCUUUGUGGCAAAGCCAGACCACCGCCUACCUGGGAGUCUCCUCAAUUUUGUUGACUCUAACUUGGGACACCCAGAGGUUUUGGGUUGAUACUUACUAUCCUAAUUGCUCCCACUCUGUAGAUUUACAAUGGAAACAACACCUAUGGUGGAUACAACAUUACUGGCCCCAAAAUAACAAGAUAAUGAAAAGAGAUCUUAUAGGAGGGAUAGGAACAGGAUUAGGCAUAUUGGGGCCGGCAGAAUUUGCUGCUGCUGAGGAACGACACAAUUUGGAAAAGGAUUCCUUAUCCAAAAUAGGCCAUAUUAAAGGCACUUUGUUUCAAGAAGAAGGCAAAGGAUGGGAAACUCUUUCAAAAGAAAACGAGGUCUUAGUAAGGUGGAUAAGUAAGACCAGAGAAACCGUACAAAGGCAUUUCCAAACUCAAACCUGGGAAAGGGCAUGUAUUCUCACCCAGGAAGGAUUGCUCACCAUGUUAAUGCAGAUGGAAUCUGAGGUGGCCAUGGGACAAUGGCCUACUCUAAUGAAUGCUGAAUUGGAAACUCAAAAAUUAUGGCCUAUAUAUGGAAGCCCCAAGUUAUGGAAGAUUAUCACUGGGGGCUGUAACUCGAGGCGUUGCAUCCUAAGGGCACAUGUGCCUCGGAUGGACCAUGCUAAUUCAUAUCCAAUAGUUCAGCUUGCAGGCAUAGGGAUUAUAUUAAAUCAGACAAGGAUUUUGCCAAUGGGGAGUCGAUGGGCCAUAAUGUCAAAUGAAUCAGCUUGGGCUCCCAUACCUCUUUCUAACUGCGAAGAGAGAAAUAAAAUCUGGCUGUGCCCUGAACAAAGCUGGAACCCUGAUUUCGCUCAGGUCUGGCCACUCGUCUCUACCCCAAUAACCAAUAGCAUUUGGUACAUGGGUAGAGGGAAAUUUUGCUGGGAAAGUAAACAAGGAGAAAUAGUUGACACAGAGAGUUUUACCUGUGAGCAUAUGUACCAUGUACUAAAUCAUACCGGAGUAUGGUGCAACACUGGAACCGUUGGUCGAAUACAUUUACAAAAGAUUAACAAGACUUACAGUAAUCUGGAUAUUGAAGAUCAAUCUUUCCUUGAGGUAGAAUUAAAUAUGCCUCAUGGAAUUGUUCCUAUGGAAACUGGAUGGCCAAAGGAAGAAUUGAGGAUUGAGGACCACGAGCUAGCUCAGGUGCUUAAUUAUUCUAAUCAACAAUAUCACCAGAUCCAAAUAAGUAUGGAAGAGGGAGGAAAAGCCAUAGUUAAAUUGGUAAAAAAUUAUGACCAGACAUGCCAGGGAUUUUUAGGAUGGCUACAGUGCAGCUUUCCUUCCUAUGUUGUGGCUUCCUCCCUAGGGGGCGCUGCAUUUGGAAUAUUACUUGUUGGUCUGAUAUUCUUUUUGUGUGUCAUUCGUAGACGCUGUUGUAUACGCCAGAAAAAUAAGACAUCCAAGGCAAUUUUGCAAACCAAGAUGUAACAAACACCCUCCCAUUAGAUCGGAUCUCUGGAUCGACUUCUGAACCUGCCCUGACUGCGGUUCCCCUGUCAUCGUCCCCCUUCAGCAGGAAGCAGUUUAGAUCGGUCAUCGUCCUGGUUCAUAAUAGCAGUUAGGAGUCAUGUGUUCAGAGUGGGGAUUAUAAUAGGGAGAGAUAGGAUAAAAUAGGCAGAGAGGGAAAGGUUAGGACAUGAGGUCCCUGUGUGGAGAAAAACACACAUUUUGAAACAAUGCUGGGAGCAUCUGACUACGCCAAACCCCCUCAGGCUUAAGGUCCCUCUUAAGAAUGUAAGACACCACCUACUCCCCCUCAGGUUUCCCUCAGGAAUUUGACAAUCAAAAUACCUGACUGAAAUAACUAAACCAUAAAACUUAUCUUAACCGAGGGACAGUAUUGACCAGUCUGACUCCUCACACAAUGGAGUCGAGCCAGUCAGGAAUGGAUAACCCAGCGCCUGCGCCUAGAGUUGUGCAGCCAGUAAGGGUAGAACCUGACAAGGAACGGGGGGGGGGGGGGGGGGGCAGGGAAGGGGUGACCAGAUUCUUAUAAAACAAGGACCCCUGCCUCUGGUUGCGGGUAUUCACCUUCAAAUGCCCCCUCUCUGUAAAGAGAGCUUUCCUGCUAGUCUUCCUUUCUGACCUUAUACUCUAAUAAACUUCUGCCUGCUGCUC